AUGUCAGACCUAACAAAUCCACUAAGAGACUUGCUACACAAAAAUACAAACUUUAUAUGGGAAGUUCAUCACGAAGAAACAUGGAACAAAAUAAAACAAGUUCUCCAGAGGCCUCCAUGUAGACGCAAGUUCAAAAAUCUUGGUGCUGCACUCCUCCAAGAAGGACAACCAAUAGCAUUCGGAGCAAGGGCGUUGACCAAAUGUGAACAGAACUAUCCACAGAUCGAAAAGGAAGCACUCGCUAUACUGUUUGGAUGUAAGAAAUUUCACGAAUAUGUUUACGGCAAAGAACUGACAGUAGAAUCAGACCAUAAGCCACUUGAGUCUAUCUUCAAGAAAAACAUACAAUCUGCUCCAGCAAGAUUGCAACGGAUAUUAUUUAAUCUUACACCAUACUCACCAAAAGUUAUAUUUAAAAAAGGUACAGAGAUACCACUGGCAGACUUCCUUAGUCGAGACUGUGAUGCCUCUAAUCUAAAAUAUGAACAAGAAGAAAAUCUGAAAGUUGCAGUUAUACUACCUAUGUCAGUAAAUGCUAAACAAGAGUUAAUUACAGCCACAAAAGAAGACCAACACUCACAGUUACUACUUAAGACAAUAAUACAAGGAUUUCCAGACAAAGUCAGGGACCUUCCUACAGAACUACAACACUAUUUUAAUUUUAAAGAAGAACUAAGCUAUCUGAACGGUAUAAUUUUUAAAGGAAAUAAAAUUGUGGUACCUAAAUUACAGAUCCCCAAAAUGCUAAAGAAUAUUCAUCAAGGACAUCUAGGUAUAAACAGCUGUUUAAGAAGAGCACGACAACUUUUCUAUUGGAAAGGACAGUACCACGACAUUAUAAAACUAGUCAAAACCUGCUCCAUCUGUGAACAAACACAAAGAGAUAACAUAAAAGAUAUAGUGCUAGUUAAAAAAUUUCCUACACUUCCAUGGCAAAUAGUUGCAUCUGAUCUGUUUGAACUAAAAGGUAAAACUUACAUAGUAAUCUGUGACAGCUACUCCGGAUAUGUGGAUUUUCGACAGCUAAAAGGUCAGUCAUCGUAUGAAGUUAUAGAACAAUUGAAACAAUGGUUUGCCGUGCAUGGAGUACCAGAAGAGCUACAAACUGACAAUGGACCACAAUACAUGUCCAGAGAAUUCAAGGCCUUUCAAAAAGAGUGGAAAUUUAACCAUGUCACCUCCAGUCCACAUCACCCUCAGGGCAAUGGGCUUGCUGAAAAAGCAGUUCAAGUAGUCAAGAACAUAUUGAAAAAAUGCAGUAUGGACAAGUCUGAUGUCCAACUUGCUUUAUUAAACUGGAGAAAUACUCCAAGAAAUGAUAUUUUAGGCUCACCCAAUCAACGUCUAUACAGCAGAAUUACCAGAUCUCCAUUACCUAUAAACGACAACAACUUAAAACCAAAAAUAAUAACAGGAGUGACCACUGAGCUUAAACGACUAAGAGAAGUACAAGCCAAAUAUGGUAAUAGGCACACUAAAAAACCAGAUUCUUUUGAAAUUAAUGAGAAGGUCAGACACAAAGUUGCCCACCGUCAAUGGGAGGGGGCAAGGGUGUUAGAAAGGCCUGAAGGUUUACCAAGAUCCGUUAUCAUCCAAACUGAUCAAGGACAAAUACUACGCAGAAACUUCAGUCAUUUGCACAAGACUCAAGCAGACAUAACCAGAAACAGAGUGGUAGUUCCUGAUAUUAAAUAUACAGAAGAACCAACAACACAACAGGUUCCAUCACCACAAUCACCUGCUGCCCUGGAGUCUCAACCGACAUCAACAAGUUCAUCACCAAGUAGUUCUAAUCACAUGCUGGAGUCAACACUCACUCAACCAUCAACAGCACCUAGAUCAUCAAGAUAUGGUAGAAUAAUAAAACCAGUAAAUAGACUUGAUCUUUAA